AACGACAGGUCAACAGCACAUCUUCGCCGCUUGCCGCUAAGCUUGUGCUAAAGCUUGGAUAUGCAUGGAUGGAGGAGUGAGGUGGAUGGCAUGGCACUCCGAUUCGAGGGGUGGUGUGCAUGCCAAAUCUCUCCUUAUCGGCAGACGGCAGGUUGCUAUAUAUCUUUCUGAGAGCCUGAGCAAGAUACCUAGCUAGCGUGUUAUAGAUGGGUGAGAAGGUCGGGAUGGCGAGCAAGCUUUUGGAGCGUUUUCUUCUGGUUCUUGUAGUCCUCGUUGCAACCACGCAGGCGGCGGCGGAUGGGCACAAGAGUGCCGGCGGUGCAAGGAGGCGUGCGACGGCGGAGCCGCCGGUGCCCAUCACCAUCCUCACAUCCGCCGUCGAAAAGGGAGCCGUGUGCCUGGACGGGUCGCCGCCGGCGUACCAUCUGGACCGGGGUUCCGGGUCCGGCAGGAACAGCUGGAUCGUGAACCUGGAGGGAGGCGGGUGGUGCGACAGCGUCCUCUCCUGCGGGUGGCGCAAAGGGGGCUACCUCGGGUCGUCGCUCCACAUGGACAAGCCCAUGUUCUUCGGGGGCAUCAUGAGCGCCAGCGCCGUCGACAACCCGGAUUUCUACAACUGGAACCGGGUGAUGGUCCGGUACUGCGACGGCGGGUCAUUCGCGGGCGAAGGCUUGGACCGGGCCACCGGGGUCUGCUUCCGGGGCCAGCGCAUCUGGGACGCCGCCGUCCGCCACCUGCUCUCCAUCGGGAUGGCCUCUGCAGACCGUGCGCUGCUGACGGGCUGCUCCGCGGGGGGUCUGGCGGCGAUGCUGCACUGCGACCAGUUCAGCGCCUUCUUCGCCGGGAAGAACACCACCGUCAAGUGCCUCGCCGACGCGGGACUCUUCCUCGACGCCGUGGACGUCUCCGGGGGCCGUAGCCUGAGAUCCUACUUUCAGGGCGUCGUGGCCACGCAUGGAGUGGCUCAGAACCUGCCGUCGUCUUGCACCGGCCAUCUUGACGCCACCUCGUGCUUCUUCCCGCAGAAUAUAAUCGGCAACAUCAAGACCCCAAUCUUCCUGUUAAAUGCAGCCUACGAUACCUGGCAGCUCCGGGAAAGCCUGGCCCCGAACGGAGCUGACCACAACGGCGCCUGGCGAGCCUGCAAGCUCAACCGUACAGCCUGCAAUGAAUCCCAACUGACAUUCCUUCGAAGUUUCAGGGACCAGAUGGUGGCGACUGUGAAGGACUUCUCGGGUUCCAGAAGCAACGGGCUCUUCAUUAACUCGUGCUUCAUUCACGGGCAGUCCGAGAUGUGGGCAACAUGGAAUGCACCUGGCUCUCCUGCCAUUGGAAACAAGGGUAUCGGCAAAUCAGUGGGCGACUGGUACUUUGGCCGGGCUCAAGUGAAGGCCAUCGACUGCCCCUACCCCUGCGACAACACAUGCCAUCACGACAUAUGAGAACGAACAACUCAUCUGAUGAAGGGAACAAUAUACACAAACUAUUAAUAGUUACAUGUACUUUUCUGUAAUCUUGAUUCCUAGGUGGGAACUGAGAAAUAUACAUGUUGAUCCACAACGGAACAGAUCAAUGCAGCUGAAUGUAUCACAAGAUAGAAGUUCAAAUUGGAA